AUGCAAGACCACGUCCUCUUUUCUUUAGUAGAAGAUAGAAGCCUUAGAAGGGCAUUGCUAGAAAAUAUCACCAGCGUGCCUUCCUUGAUCCCUUCCCUAGGGAUUUUUUUCGAGAUGCUAAAAUACCUGGAGCCUAUAUGCGAUACCUUGAAGCAAUUAAUUAGGACGAAGAUGAAAGGUACGAUCCGGAGAAGCUUGUUCGGUUCUUUCUUCCCGCCUGAGAAGGUUACCGUACAGAAGUCGGAGAGUCAUGCUAUGGAGUUGAGGGGCCAGCUAGACAAGGCCGCCGAGAUAGCCUAUAUCCAAUUGUGGGCAUUCUGCGCUCGGCACUUCAAUGGUCUCACGACCUUUACUCCCAGGAAGGAAAAUGGCAAGGAUAAGCCUACAGUCAAGGGACCAAAUCCGGUGUUAUGGCAACGUCUUGCCAGGUUCGCCUUAGAUCUGGGAUUCCGCAUCCCGGUAGCCGAGAAACUAGCCGCGCAAGACUCGCGCUCCAGGCUCGCCAUCGACUUCCUCAGGAAAGCCAACCCCCUCUCCGUCACCUUUAGCGCCGCGCAGAUACAAACGGUUGUGCUCGCCAGCUCUCGCGCGGCGGCCUCCGUAGAAGAUGCACCGGAGUUCAGCACCAUCCAGUUUGACGAGGAGAGGCGAUGUGGGCGACCAUUUGAGCUGGAUCUAGAGGACGACAAGCGAUUUCUCUUCGCCCCCAUCAUCUAUCAAGACCAGGACGUUACGGCGGUCAGCCUUCAGUUUGUUCGGCGUGACCUUUUCCGAUGCAUUUUCGGCUCACUUCGUUUCCAGGAUGAUGAUUUUAGUCCACCAUUCCCAUCAAUCACAGAAAGCAGUCCACCAACGGCUACCGAGACGAGAAAGAGAACCAAGCCUAGCAGCGACUCUGAGAAGUAUACACAGAAACGGAGACGACUAGACCACAAAAUCGAUCAAAUCUACAAGCUGACCGGAAAGGUCGCGAGCUUGGUACGAGAAAAUAAAACGCUGAAGGCAGAUCGCACAAUCUUGAAGGAGCGGUGUCAGGUGGCCGAAGACGAAAAUGCCCAAUUGAAACGUCGUCUUCGCAUUCUGGAAAGCCAGGGAGAAGUGCCGCGGCAUGAUGCGCCAGCUCCGCAACCUGCUAACGUGGACAUGCAGGACGACUGUAAUGAUGAUGACCGUAAUGAUGAUGACCGUAAUGAUGAUGACCGUAAUGAUGAUGACCGUAAUGAUGAUGACCGUAAUGAUGAUGACCGUAAUGAUGAUUUCUGGCGAGAGAGGUCUCCGACUAGGCACCAUGAUCGCCGCCGGGAGAGGUCUUCGACCAGGUACCAUGACCGCCGACGAGAUCGGUCUGCUUCACCAGGACGGGAGCGCGUAAAUCGCGGCCGUCACCGAGAUCGUAACGCCCGUUAUCGGCACGAGCGAGAUCCAGAGGUCCAGGACGAAAGCCAUGAUGUACAGGGCGACAGUCAGGAGUUGGUCGUCCUACAGCUUGAUCCUCCUCCGAGGCAUCAAGCGCCACAGGAUGAUAGCCAGGCCGUUGUUCACUCGAGUACUUUGUCUCUGGAGGCGCUCCUCAAUCUAGAUCCCCGGGAGAAUCUAAUAGAAGAGUUGCUGGCUUCCCAUCGGCAUAGAUACUCUCACGACAUAGCACUCGGUAACUAUCACGAGAUCUUCCUCGUCAGGCACAUUACGAGUCACACAGACGUGGAUAUAGAGGGCCUUAGCUUCCUCGCCAGCUCAUCUGAGGCCGGAGUCUGGCAGACAGAAACUCUCAUGAACCACAUCAACUCAUGGUGGGCAAAAGCUAUGCGCGAGCCUGGCCCUCUCAUCGUCUCGGAGAAAGGAAAGGUAGUGACGAGCCAUGCCGCAACGAUCAUCCACGCAGCCUGUGAGCAGCAUGGGACUUGCUUCGUCGGGUCUAGAGGUGACGUGGACAACAUUGUUCAGAUAGUAAGGAAGGGUGGUUUUGAAUUAUGA